GCGCGGCACCACCCCGGCAUGAAGAUGUUCGCCAAGGUUCUGUACAAGAGCGGGCAGCCGUUCUUCAUUCUGGUAUUCUUUCUCGUAAUUAUUAUCAUGUUGUUUGCCUCGAUCAUGUACAUUGCCGAGGGCCAGAAGUUCUCUGUCGCGCCCAAGUUCACGCGGGAGCACUACGACGCGGAG